AAACAUUUUUGCAUGCAAGAAAAGAUCAUUUUGGUUUAUCUGUUUUAAAAUCAUCAAGUGUGGCACUUGAUGACUCAUCUACAAGAUUUCUUCACUGACGUCUGAAGAACAAAGUGCUUUUCAACCUGUCCUUCUGUAGCACUAUGACUAACUGUAAAGGCAGAUCUACCGUCUCCAAAACAAACAGCAGAGUUCGUGACAGGGAAGGUUUUGUAAACUGGACCAUAAAUCUUAAUACCAUUCAGUCCGAUAAAUUUUUGAGACUGCUUUUGAGUAUGGUUCCUGUUGUUUACCAAAUAAACCAGGAUGAAAGACACAAAAAAGCGAAUGGUGUCUGGCAAGAUGGAUUACAACAGGCAGGACACAAUUUUAAUGUUAGGUCUGAACAACACACAGAGUACCAUCACUUCUUGGAACCAGGUUUUCAUGGUAGUAAUGGACACAGCCCCUCUAGCUGUAGCCCUAAAUAUGAUGAUUUCACCAGUUACAAUUACUGUGAUGGAAUGGACGCUUCAGAAACAGAUGCCAUGUUGCAGGAAGACAACCUAUCCAGUGACAGUAAUGAAGAUAUCAUUGUGGAAGGGAGUAGAAAACAACCCAAAGAAUCUAGUAGUAUUAUGGCAUUACAGAUACUCGUACCAUUUUUGCUAGCAGGAUUUGGAACAGUUUCUGCUGGCAUGGUUUUGGAUAUUGUACAGCACUGGGAUGUGUUCAAGAAUGUUACUGAAGUUUUUAUCUUGGUUCCUGCACUUCUUGGUCUCAAAGGAAAUUUGGAAAUGACUUUGGCAUCCCGGCUGUCAACUGCUGUAAAUAUUGGAAAAAUGGAUUCUCCCAUUGAGAAGUGGAACCUAAUAAUUGGCAAUUUGGCCUUAAAGCAGGUUCAAGCAACAGUAGUUGGUUUUCUGGCAGCAGUGGCAGCAGUUAUAUUGGGCUGGAUUCCAGAGGGCAAAUACAGCUUUGAUCAUUCAAUCCUUUUGUGUUCUAGCAGCGUAGCAACUGCCUUCAUAGCUUCUCUUCUACAAGGUAUAAUAAUGGUUGGAGUUAUUGUUGGAUCAAAGAAGACUGGUAUUAACCCUGACAAUGUUGCCACUCCUAUAGCAGCAAGUUUUGGAGAUCUUAUCACUCUUGCUAUACUGGCAUGGAUAAGUCAGGGUCUUUAUGCUUGCCUUG